AGGGAAAGGCCGGGGCCCGGCCCGGCGUCGAGUAGAAGCCGGUUGGCGCCUUGUGCUGCGCGUUGUAGCAUCCUGUCAGCGUCGGACAAUCCCAGCCACCAUGUCGUCCAACGCAGACAUCGCCCUUUCUUCCUACCAGUCAGACGAGGACCAGGGCUCCAAACUGAUCCGCAAAGCUAAAGAGUCACCCUUUGUACCCGUGGGGAUAGCAGGCUGCAUGGCGGUGGUGGCAUACGGCUUGUACAAGCUGAAGAGCAGAGGGAACACCAAGAUGUCCGUCCACCUGAUCCACAUGCGAGUGGCCGCCCAGGGAUUCGUCGUCGGCGCCAUGACCCUCGGUAUGGUCUACUCCAUGUACCGCGAGUACUGGGUGAAACCCAAGCCGUAGAACCACCAAGGGGUUCAGCACUGCGGGGAGACCUCACAUUGAGGUGUCCCACUCUCCUUGUCUCUGCGAAUGUGUGUGUGUGUUUGUGUGUGUCUCGCUCUCCCGGUUAAAUAAUAAAUCCUGUCCGAGUCUGGUUCGAACUUCCACCCGAGGGGAUCGGAUCGUGUCUCGGGCAGAUGAGCUCCUCUCUCACACUCGCCCGAAAGCAGCCGCAGGUCACCGUGGAGGCCGACGGGCGUGAGAUGAGCUAGCCGUCGCUACCCCCUUGGCCUAGGUCAGAGCUGCCCCUCCCCGGCCCCCCAGGCUGGUCCCGCCUCUGGGGCUGGAAGCGAGGGGCUGCCCAACCUGGGCAGGGGACCCUUCCGCAAGCCCUUGCUCCCAACUGCCAAGAAAACAAACUCCCUUUCCUUUAUUUAAAAUAAGACUAAUAAUAGCAAACACGCUGCUCGAGAGUAGUAUUUAUAAUAGAGCCUUAACUUGAGGAACUUAAUGGAAAUUGGGACUCGGCGCCGGGGAAUGCCCUCACCCAGCCUCACAACGUGCGAAGUGUGAUCCUGGGCCGCCUGAUGUUUCCGAAAUGUCAUUGGGAAGAAAAGUGUAUUUGCGAUGUUCGUGUCAUCGGGGAAUUAAAGGCCUCUUUAAUCUGUGUCAA